UUAGUUUUUGAAAGAAUCAACAAACCGCUCAUAUUUUGAUAGCCUGUUUGUGUCAGAGGGAGCGCUCUGUUUUACGAGAGCAGCUCAGGCGUUACUUCUGGAUUCGAGACUGCGAACGUCUUGUCACAGUGCUUAUUUUGUCUAACUGGUUGGCCGAAGUGGAUUUAUGAUGCUGCGGACAGGAGGUAUUUUGAAGUUGGCAGCACUUCUCUCCACGCUCACCAUCGUCAUUUGUCUGAUACUCCAUUUUAUGGAGAUAAGGACGGACUUCUGGCAGAGAGAUGUAUCGGUGAAUCUAGUGAACGAAGUGGCCAAACCAGUUCAACACAAAUGCGGGCUUUCCAAGGCGUGUCCGGAAAAACAUUUCGCUUUUAAGAUGGCGAGUGGCGCGGCUAGCGUGGUUGGACCCAAAAUGUGCCUUGAAGACAAAACAAUUAUGAGCACCGUGAAGAACAACGUGGGACGAGGAAUCAACAUUGCUCUUGUCAAUGGAAGAACGGGAGAAGUGUACAAGACUGAUUCCUUUGACAUGUGGGCAGGAAACGUCGCCCCCCUCAUCCAAUUCCUGAAGGGAAUCGAGGAAGGGACGGUGGUCAUGAUGGCCUCCUUCGAUGAUCCCUCUACUAAACUUAAUGACGAAGCCCGGAAGCUGAUCGCCGACCUGGGAAGCUCAGUUAUCAAUAAGUUGGGCUUCCGGGAUAACUGGCUCUUUGUUGGAGGGAAAGGGAUCAAGACCAAGAGUCCAUUUGAGCAGCACAUCAAGAACAAUGCAGAAACCAACAAGUUCGAGGGCUGGCCCGAGGUCCUGGAGAUGGAAGGCUGCGUGCCACGGAGGGAAGACUGACCCUGUCUCACGCACUCCAUUUGAGCCCUGCCGCUGACAAUCUUCCAAAGAGCUCACAGUGGUAACGCCUAGGUGGAGCUCACAGAUAAAGAAGGGACUUACAGUAUCUGCUGCAAUACCGUCGAACCUUAAUGUAGUUGUAGUAUUUUUAUCAGCAUUUUAAUGAUUGGACUGUCUGCUCAGCCUGCUAACCCGCCUUCUCCGUGAACCGAAGUGUACCAACGCCACUGUGAACUAUGUAAAUAUAUUUUAUUAUGAAGAGUUUAAAUUAAUUCUAUGAACAAUGUUUGUUUGUUGCUGGAUGGUUUACUUGAGUUCGUUGUUACACAAACAGUCAGUAUAUAAUGUUUAUGAUUAAGUAUUCUUAGGUAAUCUUCUCAAAUCUUUAUUUGCAAGUGGUUUAAAAAAAAAAAUCACGUGAAAACUGUCACUUUUCUUCGGUUAUAAUGUGGCUCUAAAAAAGAGCAUAAACGACACUGACUUUAAAAAAAUUUUUUAUUUUAUGUCUAAAUC